AUGCGCACACAAAUAGCGCUUGUUGUUUUCGCUAUUGCAAUAUUGGUGCCGAAAAGUGAAGCUAUGAUUCCCGCCUAUUCCGUGUCCGCCAUCCGGUUGGCGUUCGACGAAAUCGCCACUAUCUUGCCGAUCGCGAACCAACUAGCGUGCCUCCUUAUACCGUUCCUGAUUAAUCUUAUAAACAAUUUGAAUAAUCUAUCGAAUAUAGUGCAGAACUUGACACCAGCUUUGUUGCCAUAUUUCGGCUGCACUCUUCCACUUUUGUACGCAACUUUAACAGAUUUAGCCUCAGUACUGUUCUUAUACAUAAGCGUUUUGAUUUCUUUAUUCAGAUCUAAUGUUUUAGCAGCACCUGGUUUACUGAUAGGCUUAGUAUCGCAAGUGCUAAAUCUAGUACUGGGACUUCUAACUGGCUUAUCUGAUGGAACAGGUCUACUAAGUGCUCUUAUUAAGUUGAUAACAAAUGUAGUUGUUGAGGUGGAAAAACUGCUUUUGUAG